UUUGUUUGUGAUUUAACGUAAUUACUUUUUUCGAUAGGUUAAAAAAGGAAAAUAUGUUUGGGUGUGUUCAGUGUAUAGAUAGAUGUGCUUGAAAGGAUGAAAUAUAAGUGUUUUAAGCCUUCAAAAGAGAAAGUAGAUUUUUCAACAAGGAAGUUAUUUGCUUCUGAAUAUAAUUCAGUGAUACAUGUACUUCAAUAAAGAUGUAGUGAUGACUAUGAAACAACAGAUCGACCAAUAACAAUAACUCAAAUUAAACUUUCGCAUUAAAGAAAGUUUUGGUUGAACUCAUUAUAUGUUGAACCUUCCUUAUCAUAUGACAUGGCAUCAAAGCAGAUUCAGUGUGAAAUGUGCGGUAAUGAAAAUGCAGUUGGAAAUUGCAAAAGUUGCGGAUACGUUGGUGAAACUUGUAUAGAUAUUCACAAGACAGUAAAGGUUUUUCAAACGCAUACAGUUUUUAUACACGAGGCUGUUGAAAUGCAUGGGUAUGGAUCAGAAAAUCAAAAUCUCAUAUUGCGGGACAUCACAGAAGAAAGAUGUAAGCAGCAUCCGACUGAGAAGGCUAUAUUUCUAUGUAAUAUUCAUGAUUCCAUGAUUUGUGGCCGAUGCCUUCACUCGGAACAUAUUCCUUGUGCAAAAGACGUCGUUGACUUGUUGCAUGAAGUAGUUAACAUUGACUGCGAGAAAGUCAACACAAUGAAGUCAUUAUUGAAGGAGGUAAAAACUGAAGUUAUGCUUUUAAAAGAUGAAGCAAAACACAGUAAGGAGUGCAACAGAAUUAAUGCUGAUAAAUGCGUGCAACAAUGUAUGGAAUUAGGAAAUAAAAUUAAACGACGUGUAGAUGAAUUGACAAGUGACAUAAGAAACGGAAUAACGAAGAAACAUAACGAAAACAUGACCACUCAUUCCCAUAUUACUAACAUGUGUGAAGAGAAAACCAAAUGGUGUGACGAUGUAGAAAGUAAAAUUGAUAGUUUUGUUGACAAUACUAUGGCUGGACACUUGUACCUAAUGAGCAGACAUUUUGAGAAAGAGGCUUCGGAUGCCAGAUCCCACCUGAAAGAAAUCAAACACACGCAUACUUUUAAAGGGUUUGACUUCAAAGAAAACAAUGUUAUUCUUAAAUGCCUGUUUGAGGAUUUGGAUGAAGUUUGUGAACAACAAGACGAAGUUACUGGGAGCGGCGAUGGAAAUGCAAACGAUGUUUUCGCAUCUACCCCGAAAAUAAACAAGACCCGGCGAGAGCUCACUGUACUCUUGAAUCAGGCAAAACUCGAAUUAGAUAACUCAGAAAAGACACAGAAGGAACUGCGUGACGAGCUGGAACGAGUGAAACAAGACCUAUAUCAUUCAGAAAAGACAAGAGAGCAGUUCGAACAAGAGUUACUGAAAGCAAAACAGGACGUAGAAAACUCUGAAAAGACACAGAAGGAACUGCGUGAUGAGCUGAACCGAGUGAAACAAGACCUAUAUCAUUCAGAGAAGGGAAGGGCAGUUGUCAGGGCACAGCUUUCAUCCCUGAAAGACAAUAUCAAGUGGACUCAACCAACUGGAACAGUUGUUGUCGAGAAAACCACAGAUGAUUUCGGUUGGCAUAUAAUUAACUUGGUUUUUACAUUCCCGGAUAGCAUUCAGACGAAAAACAAGAUCGGUCAAAGGUUUGCUCCAAGGCGAAAUGACGGGCGGUGGGAGCAGUUCAACUAACACGACAGGCGUUAAAUAAUAAGAGGCAUAGUCCAAACUAAGUUAAAGUUACAAGCUUGUACAUAUCAGGGUCAUGUCAUAUAUUUUAUCAUUCCAUACUAGCUUUUGUUCAAAAAACUUUUUUAACCUACCCUUUUAUUUUUCUUAAUUUCUCAUCUCGUACAGUAUUAACGUUUUGUAUAAGUAUAAUAGCUCAAGACAUCUUCUUCAAAUAAUCUACUUAAAUUCCCAUUCACGAUUUGUGAAUGUUAAACCUUUUUCAUGUAAGAUGAUUUGUUUUAACACUUCAGUAUGUAAAUGCAAUGCAUCUAUACACAGAACGAUGUGCAUAGCAUUUCCAUUUUUCUUCAAUAUAUUUAAUUUUGCAGAACAUUUUAAACCUUAAAAGACAAUCGCCUUGUACGGGGAUAAUGAUUUCGAAUUUAAGAUUAUGUCACGUUACAUCAUAUAAUGCAUAUUUCAUUCAACAAGUUGA